AAAAAAAGGUCGGGCGGAAGAAAAUCUCGCCGCUUUCCCUUUUUUAUUUCGCGCGCGCCAUAACGCUGGCGGCGGAGCUCUGACCUCCUCUCGCCGGAGGAUAAUCCCCUCACCGUCCCUCCUCUCCUAAACGCACCUAAUCCCGGGCGGAGAGGACCUCAGCCGGCGCCCGGCGCGCCUCUCCAUUUCCUUCUCUUGUUCGCUCCGCGCCGGGUGUGGGCGAGACCUCCCACCAGCACCGCAGCGAUGUCGUCGGCGGCGGGGACACCAUCGGACUGCGGAGGGCAUAGGCCGUGGCAGUCAUACCACACCGCCUACACCAACGCCAAAGCUGGAAUGGAGGGAGUUGACAGAGAGAAGGUGCAGAAGGUGAUCUAUGAAAUGAGCAAGGGUUCUAAGUAUUUCGAAAAUGAGCAGAAGAAGGAGGCGAUUACCAAGCUUAAAAUUGAGCAUCUGCGCGCACAGUGUGCAAAGUUAACUGAUAAUGACAUAUCACAUUUUCAGAAGGUUGCUGAAAAGAAAAUUUUGGAGUUGGAAGCUUCACGGGAUCUUUCAAAGAUAUGGCUCCACACGGACAUGGACGCCUUCUAUGCUGCUGUUGAGACAUUGGAAAAUCCAUCCUUGAAGGGAAAACCUUUGGCAGUAGGUAGCAUGUCUAUGAUAGCUACCGCCAGUUAUGAGGCACGAAAGUUUGGAGUUCGUGCAGCGAUGCCUGGUUUUAUUGGAUGUAAACUGUGUCCUGACUUGGUUUUUGUCCGUCCAAAUUUUGGAAGAUACACUCAUUAUAGUGGAUUGGCAAGAAAAGUUUUCCAGAGGUAUGAUCCCAACUUCUUUGCAACGAGUCUAGAUGAAGCAUACCUCGAUAUUACAGAAGUCUGCAGUGAGAGAGGCAUUACAGGCGAGGAGGUUGCUUCUGAGCUUAGGGAUGCCGUUCACCAAGAAACUGGUCUAACAUGUAGUGCUGGGGUUGCUCCAAACCGCAUGAUUGCAAAGGUUUGCUCUGAUAUUAACAAGCCUAAUGGACAAUUUAUUCUGCCAAAUGACCGUGAUGCUGUGACGACAUUUGUAUCAACGUUACCUAUAAGAAAGAUAGGUGGUAUAGGUAAGGUAACAGAACAGAUGUUACACCAGGUUCUUGGCAUCAGUACAUGCCAGGAGAUGCUACAAAAGGGUGCUUUCUUAUGCGCCCUUUUUUCUGAAGGCUCAACAGAUUUCUUUCUUUCGGUUGGCCUUGGAUUAGGAGGCACAGAAACUCCUGAGCAUAGGCUAAGAAAAAGUAUGAGUUGCGAGCGAACUUUCUCUGCAACAAAUGAUUCCCAUUUGCUUUUCGAGAAGUUAGAUAACCUCGCCGAAAAUUUAGCUGAUGACAUGCAAAAGGAGUGUUUGAAGGGAAGAACGCUAACACUCAAACUAAAGACUGCAGCUUUUGAGGUUAGGACGAGAGCAGCAACUGCACAAAACUACAUCAGCUCCAAGGAAGACAUCCUGAUCUACGCUAAGAAGUUGCUCAAGGCUGAAAUGCCUCUUUCUUUGAGAUUGAUGGGGUUGCGAAUGUCUCACUUCAGUGGUGAGAAGGAUGAUUCAACUAGCCCAACACAAAAGACACUAGAUCGGUUUUUUCAUUCCUCGGAUAUUAACUCAAAUACCAAUGGAACGAAUGGCGCAAGUUGCAUUGAUGUCUCAGGAGGGCAUAACGAUUGUAAUGAUGCAACAACGAAGGACGAGUGUUCGAUACAUGAUGCAGAGAAAGAUGUCUCCAUAGAUCAACAGCCCUCACAUGAAGAGAACUCAUCUGUUGCAGAAGGAGCGAGCUCGGUCAAUUAUGAUAACGAGGCCGCCUCAAGCAGUUGGAAGGUUACACAGACCGAGAAGUUUGAUGAGUUGGGCGACUUGACAAGCUCCAAAGCUUGUGCUUCGUCGAGUAAACCUGGUCAGCAUUUCUGGGUAGAUGGCUAUAUUUGCUCCCUCUGCGGAUUUGAGCUGCCUCCAUGUUUUGAGGAGGAAAGGCAGGAACAUUCGGAUUUCCACUUGGCUGAAAUGUUGCAGCAGGAAGAGGCGGUAGACAGCACAGCCCGCCUCUCGAAGGAAAGGUUAGCUGAACGGCCAUGCUCUACUAGCACACCCACGCCCAAGAAGAAACUCAAGUCCUCCAAAGAGGGAAAACAUAUACCCAUUGAUUCUUUCUUCCUCAAAUGUAACAAGAACUCUGUAAUUCAGCUACCUCGUCAUACUAACUUAACUGGGAUGAAUGUUGUAUAUGUAUUGCAGGAGAAGCUGCAGGUUGCUGCAUCCGCAUCCAAAGCCGCCGUGCAGCUACAAAAUGGUCUUUCACUCCAGAGCAGUCAGUAUGUCGUCCCUGAAGAUGUUAGAGCGGCAGGGUUUCAGAUCGACGCCGAUGAACUGACAUCCAUUGUCGAAAGCCGUGACACGGAAAGGCUGACCGAGCACGGCCAGUUAGACGGGAUUGCGGACAAGCUAGCGACGUCGUUGACCGAUGGGAUAAGCACGCGUGAGGGCCUCUUGGGGCAGAGGCAGGAAAUUUAUGGAGUAAACAAGUUCGCUGAGAGCGAGCCUCGCAGCUUCUGGGAGUUUGUAUGGGAUGCACUGCAAGACACCACUCUGAUAAUCCUUGCUGCAUGUGCUUUUGUCUCUUUGACUGUCGGCAUCGCCACGGAAGGCUGGCCGAAUGGCUCCCAUGAUGGCAUCGGAAUCUUCGCGAGUAUCAUCCUGGUUGUUUCUGUCACCGCGACAAGUGACUACCAGCAGUCUUUGCAAUUCAGGGACCUGGACAAAGAAAAGAGGAAAAUUCUUGUUCAGGUUACAAGGGACGGGUUCAGACAAAGGACAUUGAUAGAUGAUCUUCUUCCCGGUGACGUUGUCCAUUUAGCGGUUGGAGAUCAGGUUCCUGCAGAUGGUGUAUUUAUUUCCGGGUUUUCUCUGUUGUUGGAUGAGUCCAGUCUAACUGGAGAGAGUGAGCCUGUCGAUGUAAAUGAAGACAAGCCUUUUCUUUCAUCAGGGACCAAAGUCCUAGAUGGGUCUGGCCAAAUGCUGGUUACAGCGGUCGGGAUGCGGACACAAUGGGGAAAGCUAAUGGCUGCCCUCACUGAAGGUGGGAAUGAUGAGACUCCGCUUCAGGUUAAACUUAGUGGAGUUGCAAAUAUUAUUGGGAAAAUCGGCCUGUUUUUUGCUGUGUUAACUUUCAUUGUCCUCUCCCAAGAGUUAAUUGGCCAGAAAUAUCAUGAUGGGCUUCUUUUGAGCUGGUCAGGAGAUGAUGUUUUAGAGAUAUUGAAUCAUUUUGCUGUCGCGGUUACAAUUGUUGUCGUUGCUGUGCCUGAGGGGUUGCCAUUAGCAGUCACACUGAGCCUUGCCUAUGCGAUGGAGAAGAUGAUGAAUGAUAAGGCACUGGUCCGGCAGUUGGCUGCCUGCGAAACUAUGGGAUCAGCCACAGUCAUUUGCAGUGAUAAGACAGGAACACUAACAUCCAAUCGCAUGACUGUUGUUAAGGCCUGCAUCUGUGGGAACACCUUGGAAUUUAACGAUCCACUUUCUAGUUUGUCUUCAGAACUCCCAGAAGUUGCAGUAGAAACUCUUCUAGAAUCCAUACUUACCAACACUGGUGGUGAAGUCGUGAUUGACCAAAAUGGAAAGCAAGAUAUAAUAGGUACCCCUACCGAGACAGCUUUGUUGGAAUUUGCACUGUCAUUAGGUGGAAACUACAAACAAAAACGGCAGGAAAGUAAGAUUGUCAAAGUGGAGCCUUUUAAUUCAGUAAAAAAGAGGAUGACUGUUAUUCUCGAGCUUCCUGGAGGAGGGUACCGUGCACAUUGUAAGGGUGCUGCAGAAAUAGUAUUGGCUGCCUGUGAUAAGUUCAUAGACGGCAGCGGUAGUGUUGUUCCCCUUGAUAAGAAAACUGCCAACUUGCUCAAUGAUACCAUUGAAACCUUUUCGAGUGAAGCUCUUAGGACACUGUGCCUUGCCUACAGGGGAUUGGAAGAUGGCUCUACUCAAGAGGAAAUACCACUGCAAGGAUACACAUUCAUUGGCAUUGUUGGUAUUAAAGAUCCUGUGCGUCUGGGUGUCAGGGAGUCUGUGGCAAGUUGCCGGUCUGCUGGCAUUGCAGUUAAAAUGGUUACAGGGGACAAUAUUAAUACAGCAAAGGCAAUUGCCCGUGAAUGUGGUAUACUUACUGAUGGCGGUCUUGCUAUUGAAGGUGCUGAGUUCAGAGAGAAAACACCUGAAGAACUCCUUGAGCUGAUUCCCAAAAUGCAGGUACUAGCCCGGUCAUCGCCACUUGAUAAGCUUGCACUUGUGAAGUACUUGCGCACAACUUCCAAUGAAGUUGUCGCUGUGACUGGUGAUGGCACUAAUGAUGCACCUGCGCUGCGUGAGGCAGAUAUUGGACUUGCCAUGGGCAUUGCAGGGACUGAGGUGGCGAAAGAGAGCGCUGAUGUCGUGAUUCUGGAUGACAACUUCUCCACGAUUGUUACUGUUGCGAAAUGGGGACGCUCUGUUUACGUCAACAUCCAAAAGUUUGUGCAGUUCCAGUUGACUGUUAAUAUUGUUGCAUUACUAGUCAACUUCUCCUCCGCUUGCUUUACAGGAGAUGCGCCGCUGACAGCCGUUCAACUUCUUUGGGUGAACAUGAUCAUGGACACCCUAGGUGCACUAGCACUUGCCACCGAACCACCUAACGAUAACUUGAUGGAGAAAGCACCCGUAGGAAGGACAGGGAAGUUCAUCACAAACGUGAUGUGGAGGAAUAUUCUGGGGCAGUCGUUGUACCAAUUCACCGUCAUCUGGUACCUACAAAGUCAAGGGAGAUAUGUGUUUGGGCUUGAAGGCUCCGAGGCUGACACUGUCCUAAAUACAAUCAUAUUCAACACUUUUGUCUUCUGCCAGGUGUUCAAUGAGGUCAGCUCAAGGGAGAUGGAGGAGAUCAAUGUUCUGAAGGGAAUGUCGGAGAACUCUAUUUUCGUGGGCGUUCUCACCGGCACUGUCGUCUUCCAGUUCAUCCUGGUCCAGUUCCUGGGUGACUUUGCCAACACCACCCUGCUGACCCAGCUCCAGUGGCUCAUUUGCAUCCUCUUUGGCUUCCUUGGAAUGCCCAUUGCCGCCAUGAUCAAGCUCAUUUCCGUAGAACCUCAUGAAGAACACGACGGUUAUGGAAAGUUGUAGACUAGAGCAAAAUAUCAUCAACAUAUAUAUAUCAUGGUAAGCUGAUGCUGGCCAGUGAUUUCUCAUGAUCAUGGAGUCUGAACAAUAGUGUCCCGUGAAUCAAGAAUCGAAGAUUGACACCGUACCACGAAGAAACAUCCGACUCGAUGCCACUUCCUGCAUGCCCCAGAUCAGACAUGCAAUGCAGAUUAAACAGCUGCACUUGAAAACCAAGGCAAAUGGUAAAUUGCCCAGCGCAAAAUAACUUAAUACAAAUAUGGCACACUAACUUUGCAUUAUGAUGUUUCAACUGGUGUAGGGGUAGACCUCAUGAGAUUGUACAUAUGUAAUACUAUUGUUACACCAAUGAUUACAGUGAUUCAUUGUUAAAAGAAGCUGAUUCAUUCGAACAAA